AUGGCCGGCAGAGCUGCCUUAAUCACUGGAUUUCUUCUGGCGGUGUUUCUGCACCACGCCGCCGCAGACGAAGUCCACGUCGUCGGAGAUUUAAUCGGUUGGAAGGUUCCACAAGGCGGCGCAAGUUUCUAUUCCGACUGGGCAUCCAGAAACCAGUUCAAAGUCGGCGAUUCUCUCCUCUUCAAAUUUGAAAAGAAGAAGCAUAGAGUGGUGGAAGUGUCUAAGGAAUCGUUCGAGAAAUGCAGCAGCGACAACGUGAUCGGAGAUGUAAUCACCGAGGGUCCGGUGAAGGUUGACAUCACCUCCGCCGGCGAGCAUUACUAUAUUUGCACGAAAGGCAACCACUGUGAAAAAGGUCAAAAGCUAGCCAUCACCGUCUCUGCCGCCGGAGGAUCUCGGCCGGCGAAGUCCUCCGGCGCAGCACCGGCCACCUUUUUGGGCUUUGUUCCUCAACUUCUUCUUGCAUUAUAUAUACAUCUCAAUUUUUAG